AUGUUUGUUAUUUUGUCUAGGAACAUGGCUAGAGUGGCCAUAGUAGAGGCAUGUAGAUUUGUGGUCGAAUGCCUACACACUGCGGGAGCAAACCGUGAUUCCGCAGAACAGCAGGCCAGGUUGCUGAUCCAAGCAGACAGAUUAGGACAUCCUGGGGAUGGCGUGAAUAGAUUAGAAUAUUACGUGAACGACAUUAUCAGCGGAGCUUGUGAGCCGAAUAACAAACCGUUAAUUCUUAAGGAGACAGCUUCAACUGCGUGGGUUGAUGCUAAGAACGUUCUGGGCGCAACCGCUAGCAAUUUUGCAAUGGACAUAGCGAUUGCCAAAGCUAAAGCAACAGGCGUCGGAUGGGUUGUAGUUAAAGGGUCAAAUCAUAACGGAAUGGCAGGUUUUUGGGCUCAAAAGGCAGCUGAAGAAGGACUGAUCGGAUUGGCUUUCACGAACGCGCAACCUGUUAUGGCUCCCACUAGGAGUAAACAGGCGGCGCUGGGAACAAAUCCUAUUGCAAUGGUUGCUCCGGCAUCAUGUGGCGAAUCCUUCUACCUGGAUAUGAGUACCACAGCAGUUGAUAUGGGCACAAUUGACAUGCACCGUCGGAAUGGAGAGUGUCUCAAACACGGCUGGGCACAAGGACCUAAUGGGAUGGAGACUCUCGAUCCUGAAAAGGCCUAUCACACAAAACGCCUGUACCCACUCGGCGGCGAAGAAGCAACAGGAGGGUACAAGGGAUAUGGUCUCGCAGCCAUGGUGGAGGUGUUAUGUGGAGUGAGUGCAGGUUCAAGGUACGGUUGCCACCUGAAAGAGUGGAAAUUGGAAAGUGACGGCACACCACACGAUAUUGGACAUUGCUUCGUUGCCGUCAAUCCAAAUUGUUUUGCACCAGGCUUCGGCGACCGGCUUGCAGAUUGCAUUCAGCAGUGGAGGGAUUUGGAUCCGGUCGAUGGGAAUCUACCAGUUUUGGCUCCAGGUGAUAAAGAGAAAAUUAUGGCAUGUCAGUCUGACAAGAGCGGUACAGUUUAUUAUGUCAAACAACAAAUAGAAUCGUCCAAUUGUUUAGCAAAAAGACUUCAAGUCAAACCCAUGGAACCAGUAAAAGAAGCAUGUUGA